GUAAAAACUCGAGCGCGCAUCGAGCGCUGAAAACACCCUGCGAAGGGCCGUUUUCCACAGCCUUGUGCUCCCGCGAGCCUCACACCGGUCUACACGAAGCCACAAAACCGAAAAAGCAGCCGUAGGUCAGCGCGUGACUAAAACACAAAAAGAGCUACCAGCUCUCUGCUGCAAAAACCACCGCGACAGCGUAAAAAAGAUGGGCCAAAACCAACCAGGAGGCUUCCAGGACGACGGCGUGCCCUCGGCCGCGCCGCCGCCCGAGCUCACGACGAUCACGGGCGUCGGCGUCCCGGGCGACGGCACGACGCGGCUGGACGAGGCCGAGGCCUCGCCCGCCCAAGAAGCUUUAGAUCAAGCGCGCGUCCAGCAGCUCACGCCCGAUAGCCAUGAUGAGCUCGUGUCGAACGCCGCCGACAACGACGAAAGACGCGCGGCGCGGGACGGGAGGGCCCAGUACGAGCGCCGCGUGCGCGCCCAGGACGAGGCGCCGCCGCCGCCCUCCGCCGCCAUUCGCCAGGCCGUCGACCGCGCGGCCGCGCGGUCGCCGGGCCGCAGCGUCACGUCCCAUAGUUCGGGCGACGCGCCGUCGCAGGAAGAAGCUCCCUCAGAAUACAUGUGCCCCAUCACUUUAUCGAUGAUGGCCGACCCCGUCGUGGCCAACGACGGCCACUCGUAUGAAAGGGCCGCCAUCGCGCACUGGCUCGCGACGCACAACACGUCGCCGCAGACCCGAGAACCGAUGGUCUCGCGCGAGCUCGUGCCGAACCACGCGCUGCGCGCGCGCAUCGCCGCCUGGCGGACGCAGCGCGGGUUAGAUCCCUUGCCGGCGCGCUGGAUCCCGCCCGCGGCGCCCGCGCCCGCGCCCCAACAACCGCAGCAGCGCCAGCCGCGGCCGACGGCGCUGCACUUGACGAACGAGCGCAUGGCCGUCGUCUGCCAGGCGAUCCACGGCGUUUUGAAUAGAGCGCCCCACCUGCGGCAGACGCUGGGCCUCGCCGCGGCGCCGCGCGGCGCCGUGCCGCGGCUCGUGCUGUCGCGGCCGCGCGCCGUCGAGGCGCUCGCCCAUUAUGCCCGAGACGUGCCGGACCUCCAGCACUUCGCGGCCGUGCUCUCGCGCGUCGGCGACCGGCGUCCGCCCACGCGGUUCUUCACUUGACGCGCCGAUGGCGUGGAGGCCGGGCUCGGACGCCGUCGACGCGACGCGCCCCGCGCAGAUCCACGCCCAGCAGCAGCGGGCCCUGGACCAGGCGAACUCGGGCCUGCCGCCGCCGCCGCCGCCGAACGCGCCCCAGCAGCCCCUUCCGUCGAGCUUCCCGACGCGGCAGCCCAACGCCGAGCCCGUACCCAGUAGAGCGGCAGCAAGAUUGUCCGCGGCCUGCAGCGCCCUGCGGGCCGACGACGCGUCGGCCUUGGUGGCCGCGCUGACGGGCAUCGGCCCUUCUGAUUUGCACAACGUGCAAUUACGAGAGGACUGCACGAACAUGGCGUUAAGGUUGGGCAACAACGCGCCCGCGGCCUUGAGGAGGGCGGCGCACGACUGCGCGUCCGGCGAUUCCAUAUUGCACGUCGCGUGCGCGCAGGGCGCGCACAUGUGCGCCGCGCAGCUUAUUGAUCGCUUCGGCUUCGACCCGUCGGGGCGGGCGCCCUCGGACGGCGCCACGCCCCUCCACCUGGCGGCCUUCGCGGGGCGGAGGAAGCUCGUCGAGGCUUUACUAAGAAGAGGCGCGGACGCGAACGCGCGAAGCUUGGGCGCGGACCCGAACGCGAUCCGCAUGCGCGACGGCCCGCGGCCGCCGGUCUGCGCGGACGCGACGCCGCUGCAUUACGCGUGCCUCGGCGUGCGCACGUCGCGGUCCGAGGCCGUCGAGGCCCUGCUCAAGGGCGGGGCGUCGCCGCAUAGGAGAGAUGAGCACGGCUCCACACCUUUACAUGUGUGCUGCCACCGCGGCGUCGAGGGCGCGGCGCUCGCUUUAUUAAAAGCCGCGUCCGAAAAGCCGCUCACGGACUUCAGCGAGGGCGCCUCGGCUUCCGAUAGAGACACGGCCUACGCGUCGCGCCGCGACUACGUGGAGCGCUUCUCGCCGCUCCAUCGCCUCGCGCAGUCGGGCCGGCCGGACUGGGCGCCCUCGAACCUCAUAAAGAAGCUCGUCGAGGCGUCGGCGGACGUGCACUCGCUGUCGCGACGGGGCCUGACGCCGUUGCACGUCGCGGCGGCGGGCGGCCGCGCCGCGUCGUGCGGCGCGUUAGUACGAGCGGGCGCGAACGCCGGCUUCAGCCAGCGGGGCGGCGCGCACGAGACGCCCUUGCAUGCAGCGGUCCGAGCGAAGCAGGUGGGAGCUUUAAGGGCGAUGCUCGAGGCCUGCCCGGAAGAUAAACGAAGGGCGACGUGCGACGCGCCGUCGCAGGACGGGUCGACUGCUUUACAUUUAGCGUGCGCGCUGGGCAGCGUCGACGCGUGCGAAGCUUUGUUAGAUGCGGGCGCGUCCGUCGACAGUAGGACGGACGACGGCGACGCGCCACUGCACGUCGCGGCCUGGACGAACUCGUUGGCCGUCGCGGACGCGCUGCUCGCGCGCGGCGCGCCCGUCGACGCCGCGAAGCUCGACGGGAGCACUGCCUUGCAUCUGUGCGCCGCGCGGGGCCUCCACGCGAUGGCGCGCGGGCUCCUCGACCACGGCGCGGACCCGUCGCGGCGGACCGUGUCGGGCUCGAGCCCGCUGGACCGCGCGCGCCUCUUCCGCGACGACCGGCUCGCGCGCGUCCUCGAGCUCGCGGCCGCGACGCCGCCGGCGAGCCCCACUAACUAG